AAAAUAAAAAACAGUAUUGAAAACAUAAACGAACUUGCAGAAGAUUAAUAAAACGACAACAAUAUGAGUCAUUUUUCUUUAUAAAAAUUUGUUUUAUUUGGUGCGUCUUCUGCGAACUAUCUAAUUUGCAUCGAGCACUAAAGUAGAAUAUGCUUAUUCGCUUUUGUCUCUAGAAAAAUUUAGCACUUCAAAAAUUGGGGCGGAAUGAUGUGAAAUUUUUGCAUCUGGGGUCGUCUAAGCACUUCUUUCUCUGAAGUUCCCAGAAUUUUCCCUCAGAAGGAUUUUCCGGGAAAAUGGGUAUUGGAAAAACUUAAACGCCGGAAAUUGCAAAGAACAUGUAAAAACCAGAUCACUCAUUACACAUGGUUGAGAGGUGAUGACCACCUCAAGUAUAUUGACCCGACCACCAAUCCAACAGUCCCUUUUAGAGGUGAUCGUCAAGCGUUUCUUUUCUGCUUUAUUGCAUAAAAUAAUAAAAAAUACCUAUAUAUUCUCUACUCUUUACAUGUAAGCGGACAAAGAUAGUGACAUACUGCAGUUGGUCGAAGCUACUUGGUUCUAGGAUUCAAAACACACUUAUAUUGUACCAUGUUAUAACUUAGAUGUAUAAUAAUAUAUAUUUAUAUUCAGCCCCACAUACUAAAAGGGCAAAAACAAUAUGCUAAUAUAAGCUAUAAAGCCAGAAGACUUUUCAAUAUAAGCAAUAGAUCAGAAAUUUAGAUUAAACCUCAGAGAAAUGCUUCAGUUUCAGGUGACCAUUUAAUCAACGUCAGUCCAUUAAACGCACACAAUAAUAAACGCGUAUAUAUAUAUAUAUUGGAAUUUUUUUAACUUUUUCUGCAACUUCCAACAACCUUCUUCUUUACCAAUUCUGCUACGCGUCGUCAAUGUAACCGUGUUAUUUUAUGUCUCUCUCUCUCUCUCUCUCUCUCUCUCUCUCUCUCUUUGUGAAAAUCACAGACAAAAUAAUCCCUCUUACCAAAGCUCCAUUUUCUAUUACUUGGAUUAUACUGUCCGAGUACUUUUCAAUCAUGACGCGUUUGUUAUUCAAAUCUACCUUGAAUUUCAAAAUAUGAGAAUCUUGAAUGUAGUUAUGUUGAAAAAGAAAAUAAAAAAAAAAAAAAAGUGAUAGACUUUCUCUGUUUGUUCUAACUUUGUGAUGUUCAAAAGUAGUAAUAUAUUUAAUUCUAUUUUCUAUUUAUAAAAAAAUGAUUUUUGGUUUCUUGUUGCUUUAGAACAAGAACGAAUAUAUUCUUGACUUUUUAUGUUAAUACCGUGUUAUUUUCUAGUUCAAUCGAAGUUUCCUUGUACCUUCCACUUAUAAAUUGUCCAUUUCCAUUUCUUUUUAUACUCGAGAAGAUACCGUUGUUUUGGUUACUUUUUAGUUGCUUGUUUAAGAAGUUCUUUGCUCUGGUUUAUGGUUUGUGGUUUAUGUUUUGUAAUUUGAGAAGAAACAUCGUUUGGAGGUUUCAUGGUCCCCAAAAGGCAUUUACGUGACCAGGGUGGUUCUGAUUUCGCAGUUCCAUUCCGUGAGUCGAAAAGAAGACCUCUGCUUAAGAAUGCUGUUGGGGAUUUUAUUAGAGACCUGUCAGUUAGUGAAGCUCUUUGGGAGCCUUUUCUUCGGAGAGUGGUGAGAGAUGAGGUCGAGCGUGCAGUUUGCUCCUGCCUUAACACUCCAAACACUUCAAGGGCAUCAAUUCAUUCGGCAGGAACAUCUGGAAGCAGGCGCCUUCACUUGCGUUUUGUUGGUAAACUACCCUCUCCAAUAUUCACAGGCCAUAGGAUUGAAUCUGAGGACGGUGCACCAAUUGAAGUUCAUUUGAUUGACGCUAGUUCCCAGACUAUAGUCAAAUCUGGCCUCUUCUCUUCAAUGAAGGUUGAGAUCCUGCCCCUUGAUGGUGAUUUCGGUUCUGAUGACCAGGAGGACUGGUCGGAGAGCCAAUUCAAUGACAGUGUUGUACGUGAAAGAGAAGGUAAAAGGCCAUUAAUUACUGGAGAACUGGUUAUUCAAUUGAGAGAGGGGGUUGGAUAUAUCAGUGACAUUUCAUUCACUGACAAUUCAAGCUGGUUAAGAAGCCGAAAGUUCAGGUUAGGAGCUAAAGUUCUGCAAAAGAACUCCUCCGCGGAAGUAAGAAUCAGGGAAGCAAGAAGUGAACCUUUUAUUGUGAAAGAUCACCGUGGAGAGUCAUACAAGAAACACCACCCUCCCUACCUGAAUGACGAAGUUUGGCGGUUGGAAAAGAUUGCGAAAGAUGGUGCUUCACAUAAGAAGUUAGCUAGUUAUCAAAUUAACACCGUAAAGGACUUUCUCCAGUACCAUGCUAGAGAUCCCACCUCACUGCGCAAUAUUUUCGGCGGGAUCUCAGAAAGGAACUGGAAGACAAUCAUAGGACAUGCUAUGAACUGUGUUGUUGAUGAUAACAAAGUCUAUGCAUACCAACGACCUGGACAAGGUGUCAGUCUCCUGCUCAAUUCCAUCUACAUGGUUAUAGGCGCAAUAUUCGAUAACCAAUACAGUUCCCUGGAUGAACUGACUCCAUCUCAGAAGGUUCUGGUGGAGAAUUUGAGACAACAUGCUUAUAAAAAUUUGAAUGAUUUGGUUCCAAUGGAUGAGCUAGCUUUUUCUGGCCUUGCAAGGCCAUUGGCAAUUCUACAACCUGAGCCAUUUAAUGAACCAAAUCCAGAUCUGCAACAUACUGAUUUCUUCCAAAUUGUACAGCAAGAUCAACCUAUGCUACAACUGGGUUUCAGCCAGUCAAUUACUCCAUCAUAUACCUGUGAAGCAGAGUAUGGCAAUCAGAUGGUAGCACAGAAUAAUUACCCAAUGCAGGUGUUUAAUCCAAUACUAAGAAACAGUUUUUCAAAGGGGGAUUUCUUCCCAGCACAUUACAAUGGAGAACCAAAUUGGUCUCCAAUUAGUUCACUAGGCGGUCCAGUUAUUCCAAGUGGUAAUUCACCCACUGAGACCUUUUGCCACUUCCAUACAUCAACUUUUCCUCCUAUCAAUGCAACAUGGGGAGGGCAAAGCAAUGGUAUCUUAUUUGCUUCAAGUGAUGAUGAUGCAGAAACUGGGAUUUUCCCUCCUUUUCCCGGAUUUUUACAUAUGUCAAGGGAAAGGAAAACGAAGGUGGGAUGGUGUAAGAUUCGCGCCGCCAUCAUGUGGUGGUUGUCACUUAGGCAUGCUGCUAGAAGAAUGGCAAAGCCAGCUCUGUAUAUGGAUUACUAGAACUCUAGUUUCCUGUUCCUCUCCUUUGUGUUUUUCGUUUUAAUACUAUUUGGUUGGUUAGUGGGUAUAGCUUAAGUUUCUCAAGAAAGUGACUGAAAGUCUAGAGGUCAGUUUUUCCUAUGUAAGAUAGGUUUUAAGCUUUAUGGUUGUGUAGUAAUCUAGUCCUACUGCGAAAUUCCCCUUUGUAUAAAAAUGCAAAAGAGGGAAUGCUCAUGUACACUGUUUCUUCUUCCUAGAAAAUAUUAGGAUCAUAAUGUAAAUAGUGUAACAUGAUCAAUGUAAACAAAUGUUUUUGAUCAA